AUUACCUGACACUCAAGUCCGUUUCGCAAUGAACGGUGCUCAAUUUACAGACAGAGCCAACAAGGCGUUAUUGGACUCGAGCCAUCUGGCCGAGCAAUACGCCCAUUCUCAGAUCCUCCCUAUUCACCUCGCUCUUGCUCUCCUCAAUCCUCCACCAGAUGACUCGAAAGAUCAACAAACUGCCGCACAUCCCUCUCACGACUCUUCCACCGCUCCUCUCUUCCGUCAGGUAGUCGAGCGCGCCCAUGGCGACCCUCAGCUCCUCGAGCGUUCCCUCAUGAAGCUACUUGUCCGGUUACCGAGUCAAGAUCCUCCUCCCGACACAGUGAGCGUCUCACCAGCCCUCGCCAAAGUCAUUCGUUCUUCGACCGAGCUGUCAAAGACGCAAAAGGACAGCUACGUUGCCAUUGACCACCUCAUCCUCUCGGUCGUUCAAGAUUCUCAGGUGCAGCGGGCACUGGCGGAUGCAAAUAUCCCCAAUGUCAAGCUGAUCGAUACAGCGGUACAACAAAUCCGUGGUACACGGCGGGUAGAUUCCAAGACCGCCGACGCCGAGGGCGAGAAUGAGAACCUCAAGAAGUUCACCAUCGACAUGACCGCUCUGGCCAGAGAGGGCAAGAUCGACCCCGUCAUUGGUCGUGAGGAGGAGAUUCGUCGAGUCAUCCGGAUUCUCAGUCGACGGACCAAGAACAACCCGGUGCUGAUCGGUGAGCCCGGUGUCGGUAAGACCACCAUUGUCGAAGGUCUGGCUCGUCGUAUCGUGAACGCCGAUGUUCCGGCCAAUCUGGCCCAGUGCAGGCUGCUUUCCCUCGACGUCGGCUCGUUGGUCGCUGGUAGCAAGUACCGGGGUGAGUUCGAAGAGAGAAUGAAGGGCGUUCUCAAGGAGAUCGAAGAAUCCAAGGACACGAUUGUCUUAUUCGUCGACGAGAUCCAUCUUCUCAUGGGUGCAGGCUCAAGCGGCGAGGGAGGUAUGGAUGCCGCCAAUCUGCUGAAGCCCAUGCUCGCUCGUGGUCAGUUGCACUGUAUCGGUGCGACCACGCUCGGCGAAUACCGCAAGUACAUCGAGAAAGACCAAGCGUUCGAACGACGAUUCCAACAGGUCCUGGUCAAGGAACCUACCGUCUCUGAAACCAUCUCCAUCCUCCGUGGUCUAAAGGAAAAGUACGAAGUACACCAUGGUGUCAACAUUCUCGACGGUGCUAUCGUUGCCGCGGCCGAAUUGGCUGCCAGAUAUCUCACUGCUCGCCGACUUCCUGACUCGGCCGUCGAUCUCAUCGAUGAGGCGGCUGCCGCUGUCAGAGUGACCCGCGAGUCGGAGCCCGAGGCCCUGGACAACCUCGAGAGACGACUCCGCCAGCUGCAGAUUGAAAUUCAUGCUCUCGAGCGGGAAAAGGACGAUGCGUCCAAGGCCCGGUUGGAAGCAGCCAAGCAAGAAGCAGCCAAUGUGACGGAAGAAUUGCGACCUUUGCGCGAGAAGUACGAAAGCGAGAAGCAGCGCAGCAAGGCGAUCCAAGAUGCCAAGAUCAAGCUCGACUCACUCAAGGUCAAGAGAGACGAGGCGGAGCGGUCCGGCGACACCCAGACGGCUGCCGAUCUGGAGUACUUUGCCAUUCCCGAAACCAAGGCCUUGAUCGAGCGACUCGAGGCCGACCGCAUCAAGGCGGACGAGGAACGUCGUGCUCGAAAUGGCGAUCAUGGCGAGGCCCUGCUUGCCGACGCGGUCGGGCCCGAUCAGAUCAACGAGAUCGUCGCCCGUUGGACUGGUAUUCCUGUCACCCGACUCAAGACCACCGAGAAGGACAAGUUGUUGCACAUGGAGAAGUACCUUGGCAAGAUCGUUGUUGGCCAGAAGGAAGCCGUCGCUUCGGUCUCCAAUGCCAUUCGGCUGCAACGGUCCGGUCUCAGCAACCCCAACUCGCCUCCAAGCUUCCUCUUCUGCGGUCCCUCCGGUACCGGUAAGACUCUCUUGACCAAGGCACUUGCCGAGUUCCUCUUCGACGAUCCCAAGGCCAUGAUCCGGUUCGACAUGUCUGAGUACCAGGAGCGGCACUCGCUGAGCCGGAUGAUCGGUGCUCCUCCCGGCUACGUUGGACACGACGCUGGCGGUCAGCUGACCGAGAGUCUGCGCCGUCGGCCCUUCUCCAUCCUGCUGUUCGACGAAGUCGAAAAAGCAGCCAAGGAGGUCCUCACCGUUCUCCUGCAGCUCAUGGACGACGGUCGGAUCACCGACGGCCAGGGCAGAAUCGUCGACGCCAAGAACUGCAUUGUCGUCAUGACCUCCAACCUGGGAGCCGAGUUCCUCUCGCGCCCAACCACCAAGGACGGCCGCAUUGACCCUCAGACCCGCGAGCUGGUCAUGGGCGCUCUCCGCGACUAUUUCCUGCCCGAGUUCCUGAACCGUAUCUCCAGCACCGUCAUCUUCAACCGGCUCACCAGGAAGGAGAUCCGCAAGAUCGUCGACCUGCGCCUUAACGAGGUGCAGCGCCGUCUCGAGCAGAACAACCGCAACGUCACCAUCCAGUGCACCGAGGAAGUCAAAGACUAUCUCGGCGAAGCAGGGUACUCGCCAGCGUACGGUGCCCGUCCUCUGGCGCGGAUCAUCGAGCGCGAGGUCCUCAACAAACUCGCCGUUCUCAUCCUGCGUGGAAGUAUCCAGGACGGCGAGGUCGCGCGGGUGGUCAUGCGCGAGGGGCGCAUUGACGUGCUGCCGAACCACGAGGUUGAAAUGGAGGAAGAUGAGGAAAUGGUGGAUGAGGAUGACGCGCUGGCUGAGAUCGAGGAUGGAAGUGGUGAUAUGGAUCUUUACGAGUAAAGCUUUUGCAAAAGUGUUUCCUUGAAUUCACGAUAAAACGAGUGAUGAGCUACGACUUGCUUUUGUCAUUUAUUGGCGUUAUAGGUUGAUAUGGUUUUGUCUACAUGCAUGAUAGUCUACAGACUUGUACAUAGUGAUGAUAAUCCUGAGUAUAUUUUA